AUGGAUCCCUUCGUUGCAAAUCCCUCGCUGAUUACCAGCGGAGAUGGCUGGACGGAGCAUAUAUCGAAGGAGGGGAGAAAAUAUUACUACAAUACUCUCACACAGGAGAGCCAGUGGGGGAAGCCGCUGUCUCUUCAGACACCUGAGGAGGCGCAGAUUUUGCUUAAGACAGGAUGGCAGGAGUUUUCAAGUGCAGAUGGGAAAAGUUAUUGGUUUCAUAGCGCGACGAAACGCAGCGUUUGGAAUACACCCAAAGAAGUAGAGGAAAUGCUGAAGUCCCUCAAAGAGGAACGAGAAGAUUGGCCGCAGUUUAAAACCAAAGAUGAAGCAAAAACAUUUCUUGUCAAAUUAUUCGAGCUAAAGAAGUUUCCUCCGAGGAUCAGCUGGGAAAACGCCUCGAAAAUCCUCGAAUCUGAUCGGCGUUGGUCUUGUUUUUCAAUAUUGACGCGUGGAGAGAGGAAGCAAACAUUUGCAGAAUAUAUGGGGUCAAGAGGGAAGCGAGCUGCAGAAGAAGAGCGGCAAAAAAGAAAAAAGGCAAAAGAUCUUAUGGUUCAGAAUCUGCUGGACUGGAAAGAAUUGAGUUUCAAGACCACUUACAUCGAUGUAGCCGAUCGUUUUCACUUCGAAGAGUGGUGGACUUGGAUGCAAGAAAGCGAAAGAGAUGAUUUUUUUCAGGAGUGGAUGUUUGAUAAUGAACAAAUGUUCAAAGACAAAAUCAAACAAAGAAGACGCGACGAUGUGGCGAUGCUGGAGGAAAUCCUGGAGCAGAAUCCAACGGAGUUUCCUUUUCAGAAGAAGUGGAGCGAGGUAAAGGAGCAGUUGCUGUCUCAUCCCAAACUGCAAAAUAUGAUGAAGAUAGACGUGCUACAGGUGUGGGAGGAGUGGGUGCGUCACGGCUAUGAACAAGAAAGAAAGCAAAGACAAGCACACAACUUUCGUCGAGAAAGAAAAAGAAGAGAUGCAUUUAGAGAGUUGUUGCAAGACGCAAUUGAUAAGGGGGAGUUGAGCAGCCGCACAGAGUGGGCGUCGUUUGUACGCCGUGUUGAAGGAGACGCUCGUUACACUGCGAUGGUCGGACAGAGCGGCAGUACACCUCGCGAAUUAUUUACUGAUGCUGUUGAACGAUUGAAGCAUCAUCAUGACAAUUUAAAACAUCUGCUUAAACGCGCUGCUGAGAAAGCCGGAUUAGACCUUAAGGACCCCACACUCUCUUUCAACCAGUUUUAUGAAGUUGUAAGAGGCCUGGAAGAUGUGAAGAAUAUAAAUGUGCUGCACGUAAAGAAUGUCUUUGAGUCUUUGAAAGGCAGCGGCGAAUUGCAGAGCAGCAAAUCAUCUGUAGCGCAUGCAGACAAUAAACAAAGAAACAGCCGCAGCAGCAGGCAUGAUGAAGCCAGCAGCAGCAGCAGUAGCAGUAGCAGCAGCAGCAGCAGCAGCAGCAGCAGCAGCAGUUCGAAAGCCGAAGGCCGGGAUAAAGAACGCAGCGACAGAGACAGAGACAGAGACAGAGAGAGAGAUAAAGAGAGAGAAAAAGAUAGAGACAGAAACAGAGAUAAAACAGAAGAUAGCAGAAGCAGAAAGCUGCAUAAGAGUUAUCAUGACCGCAGCAGCAGCAGAGCCCGUGAAGCUGCGAGAGAUGCAGAUGGAGAGCAGCCACGAAAGAGAAGAAAUGUAGAAGAAGACAGACGACGGAGGCACUAA